CACCUUCUCCAAACUUACCACCCAUACUCACCACGCACCCCGUAUCAAGCGGCCCUCUACGGCGACAGCGAAACCCUACUGGGCACCUGGCUGCGCACCCACCCCCACCAACGCGACGAGAUCUUCCUCGCCACCAAAUUCGGCGCCGAAUUCAUCGACGGCGACAUGCUGAUCGACAGCUCCCGCGCCCGCUGCCUCUCCUCUUGCGACCGCAGCCUCCAGCGCCUGGGCGUCUCCACCAUCGACCUCCUGUACGCCCACCGCCUCGACCCGACCAUCCCCAUCGAAGAGACGGUGCAGGCGAUGGCGGAGCUCCAGGCGCAGGGCAAGAUCCGCUUCCUCGGGCUGAGCGAGGUCAGCGCGGCGACGCUGCGGCGCGCGUGUCGCGUGCACCCCAUCGCGGCGGUGCAGGUCGAGUACUCGCCCUUCUCGCUGGAGAUCGAGUCCCCGCAGACGGAUCUGCUGCGCACGGCCCGGGAAUUGGGGGUGGCGGUCGUCGCCUACUCGCCGCUCUCGCGGGGGAUCCUGGCCGGGCGGAUUCGCUCGCGCGGGGAUCUUCCCCCGGGGGAUCUCCGGUUGUGGUUGCCGCGGUAUAGUGAGGAGAACUUCGGGCGGAAUUUGGUGUUGGUUGAGCACCUCCAGAAACUGGCGGCGGAGAAGGGGUGCACGGUGUCGCAGUUGGUGCUGGCGUGGUUGCUGGCUCAGGGCGAUGAUGUGUUUCCCAUUCCGGGGACGACGAGGGAGGCGGCGCUGGAGGAGAAUGUCGGGGCGUUGGAGGUGCGGUUGACCGAGGAGGAGGUUGCGAGGAUCAGACAGGUGGUGGAGGAGGCGGAGGUGCAGGGGGGGAGGUAUCCAGAGGAUGCGUUGCAGACGUGUUUUGUGGAUACCGUGCCGUUGAAGGGGGGUUUGUAGUCUUCCUGUCUACUCUGUAAGCGCUGCGCAAGACCUUCCCGCCAGCCCUAACUCAGACACGAAACAACAGAAGCAACAGAGUAAUAGAGUAUUGAGUAAUAACUACGGUAACUAACUAGCAAGACUAC